AUGAAUAAUGAAUCAGCGAACCUCAGUAAAGAAGAGGACGACGAAUAUGUUCUUAUUGAUCUCGGCGAUGUUGGAAGGCACAUUGACAUCCCCUCAGAAGCUCCAUACACUUUAUCAGGAUUGGAUACUUUGAAUCCGACUUUAACCAUUGAUGGCAAAAUCAAGCUUGUUGGAGAAUAUAUAGAGACAAUUGGUACAUGCCUUGCUUUCUCUGAGAGUGAAGUUUCAGCAGGUGAAAAUCAGACAGCGCAGAAGCUAGUGGAACCUGUUGCCAAACUCCACAAGAUUCUUAAGUUUAGGUUAGCUUCAUUCGACAAGGAGGAUGAAGAAACAAAGACAACCACUGCAUAA